AUGGCAAGAUUAUUCGAGGAUCUUGGCAAGAUCAUGGUGGAAUCUUGGGAAGAUUGUCCAAGAUCAUGGUGGAAUCUUAGCAAGAUUGUCCAAGAUCAUGGUGGAAUCUUGGCAAGAAUGUCCAGGUCCAUCACAAUCUUGCCAAGAUUCUAUUAUACUCUUGCCAAGAUUGUGAUAAGAUCUUUUUUUAGCAAGGAUCAUGGUGGAAUCUUGACAAGAUCCUCCAAUAUCUUGACAAGAUUACAAUAUAGGAUCUUGGCAUUAGAUUUUGGUAAGAUCUUGGCAAGAUCAUGGUGGAAUCUUGCCAAGAUUGUCCAAGAUCAUGGCAAUUAG